UCCAAACCCCGGCCGCCAUCUUGCGAUCUCCAUACAUUGAGACAGCGCGUGGGCACCUAACGUUUUUUUUUUGUGUCGUGAUAAUUAAUGUUUUUUUAUUGAAAAAACAUAAAUAAUAAGUGAAUAAAAUGGAGAAGAGUGUUGAGGAAGUGCCUAGCAAUCAGGCAAAGAAGAGGAAAUCUGUCCCAGGACCAAAUAGUCGCGGAGAAAAGAAAAAUAAGAGGUAUUCGGCUUUCGAUUUGCCGUCGAGAUAUCCGUGCAGACACAACAGUGAGGCAUAUAGAUGUAUAAAUAUAUCUAUGCAAGAUAUGAAACGAUUUCAUGAACAGUUCUACGCUUACCCUGAUAAACGGUAUCAAGAUGAUUUUAUCAUAAAAGCCUGCAAAACUGUUGUCCCUGUCCGUAAAAGAUCAGUAAAUGGAAGAGGCAAUGCCAAAAAUAUGAGCAUCGUUUACAAUUUAAGAGAUUCUAGAGGGGCGAUGAUACCUGUGUGCCGUAAUUUCUUUUUAAAAGCUCUAUCAAUUAAAAAGGGUCGAGUGAGAGGAGUGUUAACAAGACACCAAAAAACCGGAUUGAUGGCUGUAGAAAAACGUGGUGGGGAUAGAAAGUCGAUCAAAAACGUGAGAUUGAGAGAUGAAAUUACCUCAUUUAUAAAGAAAUUUAAGGGUGUUGAAUCGCACUACUGCCGAUCUAAAAGUCGACGUACCUAUCUGCCAUCAGAGUUAAGCAUUGCAUCAAUGUUCAAAAUGUUUAUCGAAGAAAAUUCACAGUUCUGUCAUUGCAAAGAGUCAUAUUUUAGAAAAAUAUUUAACACGAAAUUUAACUUAAGUUUCAGUCAUCCAAGAAGUGAUAUGUGUUCCACAUGCAUAGAAUUGAAGGAAAAAAUCAAAAUUGAGAAGGACGAUUCAACCAAGGCCCAAAUUCAAGUUGAACUGGCAGUUCAUGAAAAAAGAAGCAAAUCAUUUUUUACAUUCCUGCAAGACAUGGACCCCACAGUAAAAAUAUUAUCUUUUGACUGUGGUAAAAACCAACCAUUACCAAAAGUACCUGACCAAAGUACAUAUUAUUCCCGCCAAUUGUAUAUUUACAACUAUACAAUAGUUGUAGGUCAUUCCCAUGCAGAACUGACAAAAGAAAAUGUAUUUUCUUAUGUAUGGACCGAAGAUGUUCAUGCAAAGGGGUCAAACGAACUAUCAAGUGCACUAUAUCACUGCCUACAAAAUAAUGUAGAUUUCACUGGUAUACAAGUACUCCGACUAAUGGCUGAUGGGUGCUCAGGCCAAAAUAAGAACUCCACUACUAUCGGAAUGAUUUCCAAAUGGUUCAGCAGCAGCGCACCAAAAUCACUAAAAAGGGUGGAACUUAUUUUCCCGGUCACGGGACAUUCAUUUAUUCCACCCGAUAGGGUGUUUGGUGUUACCGAAAAAGAGAUCAGGAAGAGAAAUACCAUUGUACAACCUAAUGAGUAUGUUGAUAUAAUAAAAAAGCAUGCGACUGUUUUUCAUCUAAAAGACAUUGACGUAUGUGAUUGGAAGACAGCAAGCCAAAAAAUCCAUAAGGGAACCCAAGCUUUUCACUUUAAAAUAAUGUCUUGUAAGAGGUUCGUAUUCACAAGAAUGAAAAGUGAUUCUCGAGGAAUUAUAGUGAGAGGUGAACCAUUUUACCAGCAUGAUACUGGUUCUCGACGUUCCAUAACUAAACCAGGCAAAUAUGCUUCAGACAUAUCACCAGAUCCUAUCACCACCCGACCUAAAAUAAAAAAAUUAAAAAUUGAUGAUGUAGAUAAGCUACUAGCGAAACAUUUUGGUAAAGACUGGAUGCAAAGAGAGGACCUUGACUAUUACAAAACUGUUAUAGACUGUCACAGAAAUAAUGCUAAUAAUAUUAAUGUGGAUGAUGAUGAGGAGUUAUUAUGCGAAGAACAUGUUGAAGAACCUUGUGUUGGAGAUAUGAUAUAGAUAUCACGAACACAAGGUGUUUAACCACUUUUUUUGGAAUAAUUUUAUCAAAUUAAAUAAUUAUUUCUUUAUUUCGUGUUCACAGAAUAAUUUUCUAAGAUAGAAAUAUUUGUAUGUUGUGUCAUAUUAUGAUUGUGAUAUAAAAAUAUUAGAAAGUAUAAUAAAAACCGAUCUUGAAUGAAGAUUAUUCUGUUUCGUGCUAAUAGGUACUAUUCGUAAGUUCGUUAUCAACGUCAAUAUUCUUUAAAUAAAUAAUUUCUUAUAAAUUCAUGUCAAUUGUUUCAUUUAAUAUUAAAAAAACCUUAUAAGUAGCA